AUGCAGUCUCUGGAUGUGGCUCAUGGGAGUGAAACCAACAUAUGUAACAACUGGGAGAAAGGAAAUCAAUGGGAGAAGUGUCAAAAGCAGACUCCACUCCUCGCUAAUGCAUGGACACCAUGUGGCCAGUCCCGCGCAUUCGUCAAAGAGUGUGUGCUGAAGCUGAGGUCUGCUCUGGAGAAGGUGUGUGGGAUGCAGUGGUACGCCUACGCUGCACUGGGCAUUUGGACGGCCAUCCUCAGUGUUCUCAUGGACCUGAGUGUAGGAAAGCUGCUGACAGCUCACCAGUGGCUGUAUAUGCAGUUGGAUGGUAACAGUGUGCUCCAGUUCUUUUGUUGGACUCUUUACCCAGCAUGCCUCUGUGCAGUGGCGUCUUCAUUCUGUCACCACAUCUGUCCCUUCUCCACAGGCUCGGGGAUCCCAGAGGUCCGAACGAUGCUGGCUGGUGUUGAACUGCCUCAGUAUUUGUCUCUGACUAACAUGUUCACCAAGUUCCUGGGCCUGAUCUGUACUCUGGCGGCUGGAAGUACUGUUUUCCUGGGCAAAGUGGGUCCGUUUGUGCAUCUGUCCACCAUGAUGGGACAGUACUUCAACAAGCUGUGCACUCUCAUCCAGAGCCAGAAGACGGAAACGGCUGCUGGUGAAAUGUUGGCAGUAUCGGCUGCAGUCGGGGUGGCCAGCUGCUUCGGAGCGCCCAUCAGCGGUGUAUUAUUCAGUGUGGAAGUGAUGGGUUCCCACUUUGCUGUGAGUCAUUACUGCCCAUGUUUCUUCUCAGCCACUUGUGGGGCUCUGACCUUCCGUCUGUUCUCAGUGUGGACUGGAGAUGAAGAGACUGUACAAGCGAUGUUCAAAACUAAUUUCCCAUCUGCUUUGCCCUUCUACCCAUUGGAGAUUCUGCUGUUUGCUUUAUUGGGGCUGCUGUGUGGAGCUGUGAGCUGCUGCUUCCUCUUCUGUCACCGAUGGAUCCUGCUAUUCGCCAAAACCAACCCGGUCUUCAGUCAGAUUCUAACUACAGAGAAGGCUCUGUACUCUGGAAUAGUGGCGUUCCUCUUGGCAUCUGUGACGUUUCCUCAUGCUGCUGGUCAAUACAUGGCUUCAAAGUACACCAUGAAGCAGCUACUCACAUCCUUACUGCAAGCAAAGCCUUGGGGCUGUCAAUCCCAUAAUGCCUCUGUGCAGCUGGAGUGUGAUCUGUGGUUGGAGUGGAGCUCAUCAGACAUUCCAGUCCUCCUCUCUCUGGUUGUCUUUCUCCUCAUGAAGUUGUGGAUGCUGGUCCUCACCUGUACUCUGCCGGUCCCAGCUGGAUAUUUCAUGCCAGUUUUCAUCUAUGGAGCUGCCAUGGGCCGUUUCCUCGGAGAAGGACUAGUGUCCGUUCUGUCCACAGUGACGUCGGGACAACAGUGGGACUCUAUAAACCCAGGGGGUUAUGCUCUGGCAGGUGCAGCGGCCUUCUCUGGAGCCGUCACUCACACCUUGUCUCCAGCUCUUCUGACCUUAGAGCUCACGGGUCAGGUCACCCACGCUGCUCCCAUCUUCCUCGCCACUUUGCUGGCCAAUGCCGUGGCUCGAUCUAGGCACCGUCUAUCUUUUUACGAUGCCCUGUCAAUCAGCAAGAGGCUUCCACACCUGCCUUCCCUGGAGAAGGCCUGUUCCAGGAUUCCUUCCACAACUAUUGGACAGUUUUUGGGAGCAAAAUCAGUGCAAAUUCAGAAAGCAGCUGGACGAGUGGAGGUUCAACUUGCUGUCAACACUAGCACUGAAGGGCCAAUCCCUGUGGUGGACUCCCACGAGUCGUCGAUUUUGCUGGGAUUUGUUCUCCAAUCAGAGCUGCUGAUGUUCCUGCAUCGCAGCGAAACUGAGGUUCAGCAGAAACAUCUAGAAGAGGUGUGCUUCAUUCACCCUCCAUCUGUCCUUUUAUCACCUCUCAACACUGUUCAGGAGACUCACAGGAUCCUGAGCCUGACUGGAACCCAGACUGUGUUCGUAGUGGACCAGGGAAGGCUUAUGGGCUUGAUCACAUGGUCCCAGAUGAAGAGAAUAUUAGAGGACCUGGCCAAGGACAUCUAA